GAAACUACUUUUGGAGAUUAAUUUGAAAAUUGGCGGUUUGAGGAAGAAGAAACAAACACAAAGAUGGUGGCUGAACACAAAGUUAAGGAGAUUAAAGAAGCCUUUGAAAAGGCUCAGAAGACUCAUAACAACAAGGCUAAACUGAUUUCUGCUUUAAAGCAGAUAUAUACCAAGCUGGAAGAUAAAACGAUCUUUCAUGAGGAGUUUGUUUAUUAUCUGAAGUUCCCUAUGAUUGUGUAUAAGCGGGAGCCAGCUGUGGAGAGUGUGAUAGAUUUUGCAGCGAAGUUUGCCACUAGUUUUGAGGAACCUGUUGAGAAUGAGGAGGCUACUGAAGAGGAUGAUGAGGAGGAAGACCCCUUCCUGAAUUUCUUGUUUCAUUUUCUGCUUAAGUCUCACGAUGCAAACAGCCAUGCUGUCAGGUUUCGUGUGUGUCAGCUUAUUAAUAAGUUGUUGGGAAGCAUGUCUGAAAAUGCCCAGAUUGAUGAUGACCUCUUUGAUCGUAUUCAUGAAGCCAUGCUGGUCAGAGUGAAAGAUAAAUUUCCAAAUGUGAGAAUCCAAGCCGUUUUGGCAAUGGCUAGGCUUCAGGAUCCACAGGAUGGGGACUGUCCUACUGUUAAUGCCUACUUGCUUUUGCUCGAAAAUGACUCGAAUCCAGAGGUGAGACGAGCUGUGUUGUCAUGCAUUGCUCCAUCUGCCAAGACUCUUCCCAAAAUUUUGGGGCGCACCAGAGAUGUAAAGGAAAAUGUUAGGAAACUGGCUUAUCAGGUUCUUGCAGAAAAGGUCCAUAUAAGAGCUCUAUCUAUUGCACAGAGAGUACAACUUCUACAACAAGGGCUGAAUGACAGAUCUGCGGCUGUAAAGGAAGUUGUGCAGAAGAAGCUUCUGCAGGCUUGGCUUCGACUGUUGGAGGGCAAUGUUUUGGACCUUCUUCACAGACUGGAUGUUGAAAACUGUCCAGAAGUGGCCAUGGCUGCACUAAAUGCCACGUUUGCUUUGUCACCGCUUAAUGAACUUGCUCAAAACUGUAGCAACAUAGACAACCGAAAGCUGAUCCCCUUGGAGAAUCUAACCUGUGAAAAUUCCUUGUACUGGAGAGCUCUCUGUGAGUAUGUCAAGUCAAAAGGGGAUGAAGGUGAAGAAGUGCUGGAGCAGAUCUUGCCAGAAGCAGCCAUAUAUGCAGAAUAUCUUUACGGGUACCUGAAGAGUAUCCCAGUGAUGACUGAAGAACAGAAGGCAGAUUUUACUCAGGUGGAGAGUGUAAUGACAAAGGAAUUUAUAAGCCAGCAGCUGAUUCUUCUUGUGGGUUGCUUGGAUACUGCAGAAGAGGGUGGGAGGAAGAGAGUACUGGCUGUUCUCCAAGAAAUGCUUGUUUUGCCCAAUACUCCAACUUCUCUUGUGUCCUUGCUAAUUGAAAAACUGGUUACUGUCCUAAAGGAGGAUGAUAAAAGGAUACAAAUGGUAGCUGAAAUAAUCUCAGAGGUGCGUGAGCCUAUUGCUGCUGUUAAUGUUCCUGUUGAUGAAAAUGUCAGUCGAAAGAGACAAAUCAAGCUUGCUGAAGUCAAAGUCAAACUGAUGGAAACCAGACAGAUGCUGGAAGAUUGUAUUGCAGUUCAGGACUUCAGUCAAGCUUCAGAGCUGAAAGAUAAGAUUACAGAGUUUGAAAGUCUCAAAAAUCAGUUGAUGAAAGAAGCGGAAGAGCCAGAAAUGAAAGAGGUCCGCAUGGAAAAGAAUGAUCCUGACACACUUCUGAAAUGCCUUACCAUGUGCUCAGAGCUCCUUAAGCAGAUGUCAAUUGACAAGGGGAUCGGUCCAACUAUGAACGGUAUCAUGGAGUCUUUGAUCCUCCCAGGCAUUGCAAAUGCCCAUCCAUCAGUGCGUAAUAUGGCUGUAGAGUGUCUAGGUUUAUGCACUCUACAGAACAAGGAGUUGGCAAAAAGGCACCUUGUAUUGCUGUUGCAGAUUGCUCAACUUGAUGACACCAAGAUUAGAAUCAGUGCUCUUAAAGCGGUACUUGAUCAACUUCUGCUUAAUGGAAUGGAGAUAAUGAAAAGCAAGUCCCAGAGCCUUCAGAGUGAUUCAGAUCCGCAGCAAGAUGGGCAAGAGACAAAGGAACCAGAAGAGGAGGAAAAUACAAUCAAUGACAUCCUUUCUUUACUGCUGGGUUUCCUGGACAGUGAGAUACCUGAGCUCAGGACUGAAACUGUUGAAGGUUUGGCUAAACUCAUGUUCUCUGGAAGACUCGUCAGUGCAAAGUUGCUUUCUCGUCUCGUUUUGUUGUGGUACAAUCCUGUUACUGAAGAUGACACGCGCCUUCGACAUUGCCUGGGUGUGUUCUUUCCAUUGUUUGCUUACGCAAGCAGAUCCAAUCAAGAAUGCUUUGAAGAAAGUUUUCUGCCAACUAUGCACACAUUGUUCAACGCCCCUGGAUCCUCACCUUUAGCUGAGGUUGAUAUAGCAAAUGUAGCCGAAUUAUUUAUAGAUUUGACUAGACCCAGUGCAUUAAUUCAUCAAGGCAAGAAAACAGAUGAUUACAAAGAACUUACUGUGCAUAACAGCUUGGCUGUCAGGAUAUGUAAUGAGAUAUUAAACGACCCAGCUGUUCCAGAUGUCAGAAUCUAUGCAAGGUGUUUGAGCAAUCUUGAACUUGCUACAGGAGAGUCAUCGUGUAAUAAGGAUUUACUGAUGCUUUUGGAUGAAGUCUGUAUGGAGGUAAAGGAUAAAGUAUGUUUAAGGGCCCUUGAAAAACUUAUUAAUCAGCUGAAGGGAGAAUCUAAGGAUAAUGGUACCAAGGAUGCUAAUACAACAGUAAAUCAAGGUCCUGCUGAAAAUGGGCAAGAAAAUAUUGAAAAUGAUGAUCAACUGACAAGUACAAAAAAGAGAACUAAAAGAGGGCAGAAAUCUGCAUCCACAGCUACCAGGACUACAAGAAGCAGAACAACCCGUCGCAAAACAGUUGAGGUUUCUGAUGAAAGUGAUGAGGAGGAGAUUGUAGAGGCAGUUCCUGAAACCGUUACAAGGUCAACGAGGCGUGCAAAAGCAGCCGCAAUGGAAAAAACCAAAAUUAAUCUCACAGAUUUAAUAAAUAGAGAAGCCAGUUAGUCAUAAGUCUCUUGUUCUACAGCAUAACUGAUCAACAUGUUUAAUGGAUUGUUUUUAUGUAUUUUCCUUUUUUAAAAACAUCUUCUGUAUGACUGCAGAUUAGAUAAGUAUGCGUAUAGUGAAAGAUAUUCAUUUACAUCAUUGCUUGUAAAAGUGUGCUUGUACAGCAUAAAGGAAAGAAUUAAACAUUCAACAAUAAUCCUUUUUAUUAUUCAUUUGGUGACACUAGAUUUAUUUAAUACAAUCUUUUUUUAAAGCUACGUAUAAACUUUUUUUUUUUUUUUAAUAUAAAGAAAACAUCACUUGUAGCACCUGGUCAUAAUAAACAAACUUCAAAGGGUUUUAACAGUAAAUGCAUCACAAACCACUUAUGGUUUAAAUUAUACAGAAUAUAUUUUUAUAUUUUUAAGGCUUGAAUUUAUACAGCAUGAAAUAAGCUUAGCAUUUUAUAAAUAAAGUAAUAGUAAAAUAAAUUACAUGAAUGAAGGAUUUUUUUUGGAUAGAUAUGCUCAAUUUUAUGGGAAAUAGUCUAUUUAAACAUUUAAUAUUGUCAAAUGGAGUAACUUUUUUUUUUUUUUUGCUUUGUAUGCCAAAUGUGACCAAGUCUGCUUUUAGUGUUACCUGGUUUUAAUAAAGUAAAAUGAAAGAACCCUACAAGCAAAACGUUUAUAAAUGCAUAGUAAACAGGAAAGCUCCUAUGACCAGCAUAUUUUGUCACAGUGCAACUAAACAAUAAGCAUCCCUGAAUAUUCUUUCUUUGCAAAGAUAUUUCAAAAUCCAUUGCUGGAUGACUGUUAAAGAAUAGUGGGUGCUUUCUACAAAAAUGCAAAUAGGAGAACCAUUAACUUUCAAAUCCUUGCAAAAGUACAUGCUCAGAAUUGUACAUUGCUUUUGUCAUUCCAUUUAAAAUUACAUACUGCCUCGCCAGCAUGUUUGUACAGCCUUUAAAUCUGUACUUAUGGGUUGUUGAAAAUUAGCAUGGUUGAGGAGAGAUCCUAAAAGCGAAGUUAUUUCUUCCAUGUUGUGCCUCUACACAGGACAGAUGGUAACAGCUAGGACUUCUACGAAUUUGGUUGUGUGUUUUUUUUGGAGUGAUAUUGUCUUAACCUUGUGCAAUUUGUAUCGUAAAGAUGAUGAUGCCUUUAGGUACUGCUGUGCAGGAAUUUUCAAAACUACCCACAUUGAACUUGCUUCUAGUUACCAAUUCCACUGUGUAGUAAAAUCUGGGCAUUUGUUUAGAAACAACCAUGUUAAAAUAGUUUGUCUCAAUAUUUUGAAAUAGUUUUGUAAUACAUAUUUUGUCAAAUGUUUUCAAUAUUUAUCAUUCAGCUGAGAAACUUCAGUAAACCAAAUACUGUUUUGUAAAACAAGUGCAAAAGAUCAGUGGAUCCUUGAGUGGUGUCCUUUCACCACAGUAUAACUGCUUCCAAGGACAGAAAGAUAUUUCUGCAUCUUUUUUUUUUUUUUUGCCUGGUUCUGUUGUCACACAGAGUCUAUCUCCUCUAUCAUUGUUUCACUGAAUGUACUAGAUCAGGGGUCUCUAACCCUGGUCCUGGAGAACCCCCAGUCCUGCAGGUUUUAUGGGUGUCUUUCAGAUCAGUGGCUAAAGAUCUGAAACACAUGUUAAUCUUGAUUUAAGCCAAUAAUGGGUUCAAUUAAGGAACUAAGAUCUCAGAUUGAAACGAAAACCAGAAGACCCUGUAGCUGUCCAGGAGCAGGGUUGAAGAUCCCUGUACUAGAUACUACCGCUAGAUGUGAGAAGUUUGGAGAAACUUGAGAUAUAUUUAACACAGUGACUUCAUUGUGCAAUAUAAUUGAGCUGUGUCAAUACAUGAAUAUUACAUCUUUCAUCAUUAUCAUAUCCUGUCCAAAGCUUUGCUUCCCAUUGUUUCAGGUGAAAUUAGAUGGAUUAAAAUGGUAUCUUGUAAAAACACUUUGUUCUUGAUUAAAAAUCUGUUUGUUUGACUACCAUGUAAACAAGGAUUUUGUACUAAACAAUUAUAUAGAUAAAAUAGUAAGUAAGAUAUUUUAAUCCAUAUCAUUGUCAUAACAUACUUUCAAGCAAAAAAGAUUACCUUGACUGCUUCAUCAGGUUGCUUCAGUGGAUUAAGCAAAAAAAUCCUUCAUUGAGUGAAUCAAACUACUAAAUUCAGACCCAACCACAAAAAAAUGUCCUUCUAUUCAUAGUGAUGCAGCUGAAUCCUGUUACACAAUGUCAUGUUUAACAAUCAGCAGGAUUUCUUCUACAUGGUAAGAUAAUAAAAUAAAGCGUGGCGUUCAAUAUACUGGGGGGAUAGGGUUAAGUUUCACUUCAUGUAUCUAAGGCACUUAAAUAUAUUAGCACUAUUUACAAAGAUAGCAAAAAUAAAUCAAUUCAGCAGUUAAAGAAGUUAAUUUACACAUGGAGGAACAGGGUUAGGGUUACAACAUCUUAAAUGUGAAGCAGAAGUAGCAAUGGCCACUAGGUGUACCUUUAGGUAAACACCUAACAGUUAAUUAAAAUACAAGUUAUUAAUGCUACAUCAAUUACAUGUUUAUGCAAAUAAGUGAAAUACAAUUGUUUGAACCAGAAGAAAUAAUUUCUUGAGCACCUAGGGUGUGCUACUUGAGGAUAGUGCAAAAAAUGGUAUCCUUAGUGUGUACAGUUGAAAUAUAUAUUACCCAGAGUGCAUUAUUACUUUGAGCAUAUUUAUAUCUUCUGAUUAAGUUUAUUUUUUAUUUUGUAAUACAAAUAUCAUUGACCAAUGUGUGGCCUUUUUGUUCAUUAGCACACGCUUGUAUAAAAAUAUGUGCAGGUCUGAUGAAUAGGUAUAUAAUAACUAUUACACACAAUGUUUCAUGACAAAUGGAAAAUGCAUCAGGGAAAUAAUAAAUAAACAAAAAUCUUUGUUACACUUUGUUCCAAUCAUUUUAAAUUCUUCAACAAAGUAGCUUAUUGUGAUAAUGCUGUGACAUUUUUCAGCAAAUUACAUAUUUAAGGCACAUUUCAUAAUCUUGUGGUUUUCAUCACUUCUUAAGGAGAUGAGUUAUCCCAUUAUAUUUAUUUGGCGUUUUCUACAAGAAAAACAAAAAGGAAAUUCCUUAAUAGAAAUAGAGAGAAAGGUCAAAACACAAUUUGUACUGCGGCAGCGGCUCAAGCACCUGACAGCACACAGGGAUCAGCUUUAACCUCUUAAGCACCAUCGUCCGCUUAUAUGUACAAUGCCUUUGGCGUUUUGUUUUGGGUUUUUUUUUUUUUUCACCCCCAAGAAACAAGUUUCAGGUUAACUGCAAGGACUGAACAUACCCACAUCUUUUCAGGAAAAUACUGUUUUUGUAGUCAGAAUAAUAUUGUAAUCCACAGAUAAGUGUAUGUCACUGUACUUUUUUGAAGAUAGUAUGCAUACUCGUGGACCAAUGCAUUUCCCAGGACCAAUGUAAGGAAUUUCUUGGCGUAUCGGAUUAACUAUACAACUCACUAAAAUGACAAUGGAAAACCUAACCUAGGAAUAUGUGGGAGUUGUUUGUGAUUACUGAAUUAUGUGGAAAUUAUGAUGAAACAUGUUUGAGCUUUUAGAGCACAAUUAUGCCCACUUUCAUCAAAUUAGGACAUCAUAAAAAUGGACCUGUAUUUAAAUAUUAUUAUACUUUACCUGCAUACUAUCUGAGGAAUGUUAUAGAUAAUGAGGAUCAAAAAUGAUCUGGGCAUUAAUAAGUGGAGGCUUUAUUUUUUUUUUUUACUCACUCUUUGAUGCUCCCCGAUAACCCACAGCAUAUUACAAAUGACUCUAAUCACAAAGGAUCAGGUCAAAUGAAGAUCUGUUCAAUUACUCAAGCAAUUACUUCAGCCUACCAACAAGGGAGUUCCCUUUCAAGUACGAAAUGUAACCGUUACCGAAUGGGUAUUUACCUCAUAAAGACCUGAAUCCUGAAUAUUGUAAACCAAAGCUGCUCACUGAGCCUGUGACACAUUUUUGACAGGCAUCAAAAGGACUGUGCUCAUGGAUCUCUGCACCAUUUUUUUAAAUUUUUUUUUGAAGACUGACCUGAUUGGAGAGACUUGCUCAGAUAAGUACUUUGUUGCUUCUAUCUGUAUAUAUUUUGCAUUCUUUGUAAAACAGGGACCAAAGUUACUGGACCUGUACCAGUACCAUCCCGGUGCUAAAGUCACCGAACCGACACCAUCCCUGUACCAAUCCGGUGCUAAAGUCACCAAACCAGCACCGAACCAUCCCGGUACCAACCAGGCGCUGAAGACACCAAACUGGUACCAUCCCUGUACCGACCCGAUUCCAGCUUCCUACCAACCAGUGCCGAGAUCACCAG